AUGGCGCCCAAACUUCUUUCUCUCUCCUCCCUCUCCUCUCUCCAUCCGCCGUCUAUUCCUCACCAACUAACAGGCCCUACCCGUACUGCUCUAAGAUUUUGCCUGUCAAAACCAGGCAUUGUUAUUUGCAGUUCUGUAGGAUCUCACUCCGAUGAACAUACGCUAACGUUUGACGACAAUUUAUCAGUUUCGGCUCCGGAACCCGAAGGGAAUGGAGCGGCUGCGCCAACAAGAGGGGAGGUCUUCUUGGAACACCAAAAAUCUCUGGCUGCUUCAGCCAUGGUGCUUGCGGCGGGUAAGAAGACGAAGAAUAAGAAAGGGAAAGUUAGUGGGUCUACGAAGUUCUCCACGGCUGUCCCGAGCUGUUAUGGAUGCGGAGCUCCUUUGCAGACUCUAGAAACAGAUGCUCCUGGUUAUGUGGAUCCAGAUACGUAUGAACUUGUAAGGAACUUUCCUUUCUGGAUGGUUGUAAUUGGUUGUGGAGCAUUUAAAAUUUGA